CUAUAGCUCGAAGGUGGGGAGGGAUCCCUGGCGCCUGCGGCGUUGAAGGGACUGUGGGGCGAGGGCGUCUCUAUCAUAAAAGGAUGAGGUCUGGCGUGGGAACGUGAGUUCCGGGGCUCGCGGGGGUCCUUAUGCGUCAAGUCCCUGCGCCUGGCCUCCAGCUGAGUCUUGUAGCAGCGAAUGGAUAGUGCGCGUUAGCCCGAAGGGGAGGGAACUGGCUCCGGGGGGCGGGGGGAACAGCCCGCGUGCGUAGCGUGUGACGUUUGCCGUGCGCGUGCGCAUGGCGUUUGAUAUCUGCGUGUGUGCUUUUUGUGCGCUGGGCCCGCGGGGAGGGGGCGGGGCUGCGGGGGAGAACGACUGCGCCGGGUGCGCGACAAAUGAAUUAGACACAAUUACCCACGGGAGACUCGGUUUUCCUCUCUGUAAAUUGCGGAUAUCUGGAAUACUUGCCGCCUUGGGUUGUUUUGAGCACUUUCGUUGUUUAGGUGCUGUAUUUACUGGGUGUGCGUUUCCUGGGAGAGUCCGGGGGAGACGGCGCCUGCACCGGCCCCAGGGCCUCUGCGGGUGGAGUGCAGGAGCAAAGGGGCUGGCCUAGCUGCCCACCAGGGCCCCUUCUGGCUCUGACCGCCCUCGUAUCCCAAGUAAUUAUUUACACGUUGCGCGUUCGUUUAUGUAUUAUGUGUAAUCAUGGCACAGUAUCCUGAAGCCGUCGGAGUCUGUGUGCCGGUGCAAGGUCUGGGACAAGUUUAAGAAGAGAGAGAACCUAAAUUGGUAAUAAAUCAGUAAGAAAUAUUUACAUUCACUCAGUGAAAAGUGUCAUGUCUGAGCUCAGCAUAUAUCGGAGCCACACAUGGACACCUCUCCCUCCUCCACUAAGAGCAGAAAAUGAACAAAUCCCAGGAACAAGUGUCAUUCAAGGAUGUAUGUGUGGACUUCACUCAGGAAGAGUGGUAUCUGCUGGACCCUGCUCAGAAGAUACUAUACAGAGAUGUGAUCCUGGAAAAUUAUAGCAAUCUUGUCUCAGUAGGGUAUUGCAUUACUAAACCAGAAGUGGUCUUUAAGAUCGAGCAAGGAGAAGAGCCCUGGAUAUUAGAGAAAGGAUUCCCAAGCCAGUGCCACCCAGAAAGGAAAUGGAAAGUUGAUGACAUGUUAAAGAGCAACCAGGAAAAUGAAGAUGACCAUUUUUGGGAGCUUCUAUUCCACAACAAAACAGUAAGUGUAGAAAAUGGAGACAAAGGAGGCAAAACUUUCAAUUUGGGCACAGACCCUGUUUCUUUAAGAAAUUAUCCCUAUAAAAUAUGUGACUCAUGUGAAAUGAGUUUGAAAAAUAUUUCGGGCUUAAUUAUUAGUAAAAAGAACUGUUCCAGAAAGAAGCCUGAUGAGUUUAAUGUAUGUGAGAGAUUGCUCCUUGAUAUUAGGCAUGAGAAAAUCCCUAUUGGAGAGAAGUCUUAUAAAUAUGAUCAAAAAAGGAAUGCCAUUAAUUAUCACCAGGAUCUCAGUCAGCCAAGUUUUGGCCAACCUUUUGAGUAUAAUAAAAAUGGACAAGGCUUCCAUGAUGAGGCAGCAUUUUUUACAAAUAAGAGAUCUCAGAUGGGAGAGACAGUCUGUAAAUAUAACGAAUGUGGAAGAACCUUCAUUGAAAGUUUAAAGCUCAAUAUAUCUCAAAGAACUCAUUUGGAAAUGGAGCCGUAUGGAUGCAGUAUUUGUGGGAAGUCCUUCUGCAUGAAUUUAAGGUUCGGACAUCAGAGAGCUCUUACAAAGGACAAUCCUUAUGAAUAUAAUGAAUAUGGGGAAAUCUUCUGUGACAAUUCAGCUUUCAUUAUCCAUCAGGGAGCUUACACAAGAAAGAUUCUCCAUGAAUAUAAAGUGAGUGACAAAACCUGGGAAAAGUCAACUCUCUUAAAACAUCAGAUAGUACACAUGGGGGGAAAGUCUUAUGAUUAUAAUGAAAAUGGGAGCAAUUUCAGCAAGAAGUCACAUCUUACCCAGCUUCGGAGAGCUCACACAGGAGAAAAAACCUUUGAAUGUGGUGAAUGUGGGAAAACCUUCUGGGAGAAGUCAAACCUUACUCAACAUCAGAGAACACACACAGGGGAGAAGCCCUAUGAAUGUACUGAAUGUGGGAAAGCCUUUUGCCAGAAGCCACACCUGACCAACCAUCAGCGAACACAUACAGGAGAAAAACCAUAUGAAUGUAAGCAAUGUGGAAAAACAUUCUGCGUGAAGUCAAACCUCACUGAACAUCAGAGAACACACACAGGGGAGAAACCCUAUGAAUGUAAUGCGUGUGGGAAAUCCUUCUGCCACAGAUCAGCCCUCACUGUCCAUCAGAGAACACACACAGGGGAGAAACCCUUUAUAUGUAAUGAAUGUGGAAAAUCCUUCUGUGUGAAGUCAAACCUAAUUGUACAUCAAAGAACUCACACUGGGGAGAAACCCUAUAAGUGUAAUGAAUGUGGGAAAACCUUCUGUGAAAAAUCAGCUCUCACUAAACAUCAGAGGACUCACACAGGGGAGAAGCCGUAUGAGUGUAAUGCAUGUGGGAAGACCUUUAGUCAGAGGUCAGUGCUCACCAAACAUCAGAGAAUUCAUACGAGGGUGAAAGCUCUUUCAACAUCCUGAAUGUUAGAAGCCUUCGUACACCUGUGAAAUUGGUUAUACAGUUUCAAAAGAGAUUAGAGAAAGCCAAAGAAUGUCAGACAUUUGUAGAAAAUGACUUCUUGUUUGAAUAUGUAAAAGCUUUCAAGAAAAAUUAAAACCUUUCAUUAGAAAAUUUGUACUGAGGGGAAUUCUGUUCACCUAAGUAAUAUGGUGAAAAUAUUUAUCUAGAAUUUAUGCUGUUUAGUGUUGUAUUCCAGAUGUGAUACCAAAAUUGUAUUGCAAAUAUAAUGGACAAUAUUCAUUUAUACCCAUAUUCACAGUGGGAUCUGAAGCUUGUAAAAGUUGAAUGACAACAGCAUUAGACAUACAUGUGAAGAGUCCCUGAUGUUUGUAGACCUUAUGUGAGUAUGCUAAUAUAAUAAAUUUGAGUAUGCUUGAUUUGUAUAUUGGAAUUCAACAUGAUUGUGAUGAGAAAGUACGUACCCUUAAUUGAGUAACUACUAUGGUAUGUGUUAAUAUUUUCCACACUAAAUACCAUUGGUGUCUUUAUAGGUUGAUAUAUAUGUGUAUGUACAUAUGUUUGUAUGGAUAUGUAAAUAUAUUUCUACACAUAUACUUAAAUAUAGUGAUGUGCUAGUAUAACCUCAUACUGACUUAAAAGUUCUGCUGAUUGUUAAAUUUUAAGGAAUUUUGUGAGCCAGUUAUUAAAAACAGUCAUUAUUUAAAAUAUGUAAACUUACAGUUAAAUUAAAAACAAAGGUAAUAAAUACUCAGCACUCAUCACUUCCUAAUUAUUUUGCUACAUUUCACUAUUACCUUUGUUGUUUUACUUAUUUAAUCUGUGUGAUGAAAAUACUGUAUAUAGUGUGCACUGCACAUCUGUCUCUUCCCAACUCGACAUGCAGUGCUGUCUUGUUGGUAGCUUGGACUUAGUGGGAGUGUUUACACCAUGGAAAUUGACAAACUAUAAAUCAGGGUUUUAAUUUUCUCAGAUAACCUGCUGUCAAAUAUUUACAGCACAUCACUGUGUAUAUAUGAAAACGUAUUUGGCAAUACAAACUGCGUACCCCUUCUCUUUCCUGACGUAAAUAAAUGGCUAUGGCCAUUUACAGCUGAACCGCAUCUUCAAGAAAGAAGCCAAAAAUAUUUUCGUGAGGUUUUUAACUACCUCUGAAUCCGUCCUACUCUAAAUACUACCAGAGUCCCUUUGUAGUUUGGCCAGUAUGUGUUUUUAGUGAAAUAUUAUUUCACAAAGAACUAUAUCAUGUACCUUUCCUCUGACUGUUUCCUGGCAUAUAUGCAUGAAUAUGGCCAUUAUUGAACUGUCACUUGAGUAAAGAAGUUAAACAGUAGUUUUCUGAGGUUUUUCAGCUACCUCUGGGUCAUUCUGUAAUGUAAAUGCUGUUAAGAAUGGUUUUUACAUAAAUUAUGCAAAGGUUAACAAACAGUAAUACUGCACUCCUCAAAUAAAAAGUGGCGGUAUGUAAUGAAAGGCCCUUUUCAUACCCUUGUUAUUUCAUUAUGUAUCUGUUUAGGCAUGGCCUAUGUGACACUAGUUCUGUGUAUUAGUAUUUUAGAGUGUCCCUGCUUCCCUUGUCCUGUUGUUUCCUUUGCCCCCCUCUUGGAACACAGUGGUCAGCAGUUCUAAUAGACACUGCCCAUGUGAUGGCCAUUCCCUACUUCAUCCUUGCUGAGCUAAAUUUUUUAUUUUUGUGCAUUCUUCUCCCAGAUGACUUAAGUGGUAAGUCCAAAUUAGUCAAAGCUAAUCAUGGAAGUUCCAUUUUAAUGAUUUUGUUGGGGUGAACUUGGGAGCAGUGAGAUGUUUGGGAAUUAUUGUGUAGUCCUUCUGGGAAAGAUCUCCUUGAUACAACAUUGUCAUGACAUGAGAAGAGACUUUGUCUCUUCUACUGGGCUUUUUCAUGUCUGUACAUGCUAUUGGCUUAUCGUUUGUAUCUGAAGGGCAGUAGGCUGAAGAUAACAGUGUACAAGGUGGGAAAAACCAGCUCAGAGGUGAUGUUGCCGAGCUACUCUGCUUUCUGUACCUGCUCUCCACUGGGACUUCGUAUAACCCUCAAUAACUGUUUUUUAUUUGGUCUUAGGGCUAUCUGAUACCUAAGAGCUGAAGGCAUUCCAGCUGGCACAGAGGAAUAUUUUUCUAAGUGUUAAUGUUCUAUAUGGUAAUUGGGGGAAGAAUUAUUUCUUUUGACAAGUUAAUAUACGGAUGGCUGUUUGUAUCAGCCAUGGUUCUUUCUGGCGGAAAACAGAAUUCUCCAACUAAAAAGAUUUUAAUGGCAGACUGAUUACAGUGGUGUGGGCCAGAAACAAGGGACACUGAAACACCCAGAGACUUGUAUCAGCAGGAAGCCAUUACCAUUCUGAGCCUUGAAGGGCAAGGAUGGAAACAGUGUUACCAGAGCCCAGUAAGAACUGCUGUCAUGGAGGAGGGGCCACCUUGUAAGAGACAUCAUUACUACCAGAACUGUGGUGCCAAAUUGCUGGUGCCUCUCUUUGGAGAAACCAACCAGAUACAUCUGCGGGAGAGCCCAGGUGGGCACAGAGAAGGGUGGAGAGAGAAUCUGGGAAGAGAAAUGGAGAAUAAGCAGCACAGUGUUUUUCAUUUCUGUAAAUUCCUAUGUAGAAGGCUCAGUGUUAGAAAUAAAGUUACUCUACUAGUUGCAAGUUAAGUGUUUCUGUUUGUUCUCCUUUCCUAUUGGCAUAAGUAAACUCCCUUUGGAACCA